AUCGUCGCCCGGCCGUCUGACUAGGGCUCGGGGGAGGGGAGAGGAGAAGCCACAGAGGCGCUGGCCUAGGAGGAAACGCCGGGAGGAGGAGCUAGUUGAUGAGGACUGGGAGAGAAGCAGCCGGCCGGGACUACAGCAUUUGCUUGUGACCUUGUGUCUUUCUGAUUAGAAAGGUAGCGAUUUAAUUGAGUUGGCCAGGUGGGUCCCACGAUUGAGCUUAUCAACCAGCAAAGGUAUUAAAAAUGCUAAGCAUGCAAUGAACAGUGUAAGGAUUAUUUCACCCUUGUUAAAGUGUUUCUAUAUUUUUCAUUUUAUGAAAUAUAUAUACACUCGCCGUAUCGGCGCAUUGAUGUUUUUGAAAAUUCCCGUAUCAAAGUAUCGACGUAUCCGUAUCACCGUACCAGUAUCGCGUAUCUGUGCAUCAUACUACUACUAUCAGUAUCGCCUGUUCUGUCUGGAUUUUGCAGGGUGACGGCCAUGACGCUGGUUUGGAGCUACGGGUAGAGGACGGGGCUCAAGGGUUGGAAAGACCUCUCUUGAGGAAUGGUUCCACUUCUUGGUGGAGCGAUGUGCGCUUGCACGUGGCAUUUCUUCUAUAAUUCGGAGUCUCUUGAGGUGCUUGUAGCGCUCCAAGGUGUUCUAACAGUGAUUGGUAACAUUACAAUGUGCAUAGCUGCAUUUCGCAUCUUCAAAGCAUCCCAGGAAAGCUCAAAAAGUUCAUAGAGGGACCUGUAGCAUGCAUACACUAAUGUACUAGUAACUUAUUGUGGUAAAAUAUACCAUACUUCUGAAAACGGAUUACUUAGAGUUGCAACAUCUAUCUAUUAGGUGGAAGCUUCUUGAGAAUGGCAGGUACACCUGACAUGAAAUGGCAAACGGUAGAUGCUAUGAAGGCAGAAGAUAAAAGCUGCUGACGGCUUGCAGCUACUUCAGAAAGAUGAUUUUUUAUCAGACCGAAAGAGCCAUUUUUUUUGUAUGUAUCAAUUCUACAAAUGCCAGCUAAAACCACCCUGAAAUUUGUGUAUUGACUCAGAUUUUUUUCUAGACAAUGAGUGUAUUUACUCAGAUAAGAAGAAAAUUUACCUCACCUGCUAUAGCCUAUGCCUCAUCUCAUCUUCAACUGUUUUGAACAAUUGUUGUGCAAGCUUCUUCUGCUCAUGAUCAUUUAACCAAACCUGCUCCAAAAGGUGCCAAAGCACCUGUCCUUCACCUCGAGAUGCUCUUGGCAUGUGGCUUCAUAAUGCUAACCCUGAACCAAUAUCACACACUCACUGCUAUUGCUGGAUGAGGUAUGUGUGUUCGUGUGUGUGUUCAUGAAUCAUGAUAACCUCUAGCUACUAUCGUAUGUGAUUCACAUGCUCAUUGGCAACACUUGCAGUGGUGAUGGUGAGCCAGGUUCAUGAAUCAUGGACUGGCCAGCCGGUGUCAAUGACCAAAUUUGCAGCAGCAAUGACCAAUGGUGCAUUGCCAAUGUGCAGGAAGGUUCAAGCAUCGGAAUGAAACCUCCACUCUGCCUAGAUAUGGAUCGCAUGAGUGGACUCAGGGAGCGAGACGUGUCGCGCAUCGGGACCCUCCUGGACAGCAUCGGACGGUGCAGCUCGCUAGCUCCAAGAGAAUGGCCUCUCUCAUGGAAUCUUGGCCUCUCAAGUUGGCAGAAACAGCGGCAGGACAAUCAACAGCAGCAGCAGAGAAAGCAGCCGGCUCAUGCCCCCAUGGCUCUCAGGAGGAAGAGGCUAAGGCUGAGGAGGAGGAGAGAGACCAUGAGGAGAUCUGAUGGAAUGGAGAUGGAGAUGGUGAACCUGAAGCUCUACCUGGAGAACAGGUGCAUCCUGGAGGAGAACGAGAGGCUGAGGGAGAAGGCCAGCGCGCUCCACCGGGAGAACCUCGCGCUGCGCGCCGACCUGCGCAACACAUCGUCGCCGGCGACGACGGCGGCCGCCGCCUCCAGCUGCUGAACUGAGCACUCGCCGCCUCCUUGCUAGCUACUACAGCUUGUGCGGUGUUUUUGUGCUGGUUUGCCUAUAAAACCGUAGCUUUCUUGGUCUCUUGGUGAUCAUGGUUGGCUGGCUGGUUCUAGCUAUAUAUUAGCUACCGGUGCUAUCAGCUUUGGUUUCUUCGUGUCAGGCCAGUUAUGAUCAGCCAGACAGCCACUAGGUUUUUGGAGCUCUUCUGUGUGUUCUUGUGGCAUAAUGCUUGUACAUUGGAAGUUUGUGAGAGUUAACUAGAUUUUGUUUGGCUAACAUCCA